UCCUGUUUCUGGGCCAGGGGUUGGCCCUCGGAAAGUCCUCAGAGACUCGCCAGCACCCCCCACCUCCCUAGGCCCCACCUGGGCCCCCCAGUUCUGGACUCCUGGGACUACAGAGUAUCCCCCUGCCCCUUCAGGCCUAGCAUCUCUUUAAGGCAACUUCCUCCUGCAUCCUGGCCACCAUGGUGCUCUCUGGGUUACUGUCCAGGGCCUGCUGGACUUCGCUCAACUACCUGCUUCUGAUCGGCUGUCUGCUGCCCCCAGGUACCCAGGGGCAGGAGUUCCUGAUGCGAGUGGAGCCGAAGGACCCAGUGUUGCCUGCUGGAGUAUCCUUCUCAGUAAAUUGCAGUGUAGAUUGCCCCCACCCUGAACGCAUCUCCCUGGAGACGAACCUACUCAAGGAGACGGUGGGCCGUGGCUUGGGCUGGGCAGCCUUCCAUCUCAGCAAUGUGACUGGUGAUACCACGGUCCUCUGCUCUGGCUUCUGCAAUGGCUCCCAGAUAGCAGGAUCCUCUAGAGUCACAGUGUACCGGUUCCCUGAGCGCGUGGAGCUGGCCCCCCUCCCCCGCUGGCAAUCGGUGGGCAGGCACCUCAACCUGAGCUGCCUGGUGUCCGGAGGGGUGCCCCGGUCCCACCUAGAGGUGGUGCUGCUCCACGGGGAGGAGGAGCUGGGCCGGCAAACAGUAGCAAACGAGGAGCCCGUCGAGGUCAUGGUCACAGUGCUGGCAAGCAGAGACGACCACGGCGCCAAUUUUUCUUGCCGCACGGAACUGGACCUGCGGUCCCAAGGGCUGGGACUGUUCCAGAACCAUUCGGCCCCCAGGAAGCUCCGAACCUUCGCCAUGCCCAUGAUCCCCCCGCGCCUCGCUGUCCCCCGAUUCUCGGAGGUGGAAACGUCGUGGCCAGUGAACUGCACUUUGGAUGGGUUGUUUCCAGUCUCGGAGGCCCAGGUCCAACUGGCGCUGGGGGACCAGAUGCUGAAUACCACAGUCAUGAGCCACGGGGACACGCUCACGGCCACAGCGACAGCAAAAGCAGAGCAGGAGGGCGUCCAGGAGAUUGUCUGUAAAGUGACCUUGGGGGACGAGAGCCGGGAGACCAGAGAGAACGUGACCGUCUAUAACUUACAGGGGCCCAUCCUGACCCUGAGCGAGCCUAACGCCACUGAGGGGACCACAAUGACCGUGACUUGCAAGGCUGGACCCAGAGUCCAGGUCACGCUGGACGGAAUUCCAGCCGCAGCACCGGGACAGCCCUCCCAGCUUCAGCUAAACGUCACAGAGAGGGACGACAGGCGCACCUUCUUCUGCUAUGCCACCCUCAAGGUGCAUGGGGAGACCUUGCACAGUAACAGGAGUGUCCAGUUGCGUGUCCUGUACGGCCCCAAGAUUGACCGAGCUCAAUGUCCCCAGCGCUUGACGUGGAAAGAUAAGACUAUGCAUAUCCUGCAGUGCCCGGUCCGGGGCAACCCGAACCCCCAGCUACAGUGUUUGCAGGAAGGCUCCAAGUUCAAGGUGCCCAUCGGGAUCCCAUUCCUCGUCAGGUUAAACUAUAGUGGUACCUACUACUGCCAGGCGGUCAGCUCACAGGGCACAGACAGUCUGACAGUGAUGAUGUACGUUCAAGAUCAGAACCCCAUCGCCGUUACCAUCACCUUGGGGGUGUUAACUAUCCUGGGCCUUGUGAUUGCCACCGCGGCCUUAUUGUACGUCUUCCGGGUGCAGAAGCGGAGUGACAUCUACCAUUUGAAGAAAAAGAGCUCCUGGCUGCCCCUCACGUCUAAACAGCCCGACGAGGCUGUGGCAGAGGAGUCAUCCUGAGGCCUCGGGCUGCCGUGAUACUGGGCAAAAACGACGGGAGUUUGGCUGUGUCCCCGAAUUCCGCACUAAUAAAGACUUUAAAACCCA